AUGCGGCGCGGCGUGCUUAUCUUCAUUAUCGUCAAUCUCCUCAUCAUCACCUUUCUCGUUCGCAAUGUCUUCACCUUGUUGUCACUACUCGUCGAGGAUGCGUCCGCCGACGCCAUACACCGAGCCGACAUCCCCUCGCCCGUCUCCAGCCUGCUCGAAACUCGCCCGCAGAUUAUUCCCAAGAUUAUUCACCAGACGUAUAUAAACGAGUCCAUCCCAGCGCAUUGGGUGGAACCCCAACAGUCCUGCAUAAACCUUCAUCCAGAUUAUGAGUAUAUGCUCUGGACGAAUGAGAAAUCGAGGGAAUUCAUUGCAACUGAAUACCCCUGGUUUUUGGAGACCUACGAUGGCUACAAAUAUCCAAUUCAGCGGGCGGAUUCCAUUCGCUACUUCGUCCUGGCUUAUUACGGUGGCACAUACAUUGAUCUAGAUGACGGCUGCCAACGACGCCUUGACCCUCUUCUUUCGUAUCCAGCGUGGGUUCGCAGAACGAAACCUACCGGAAUAUCGAACGACGCCAUGGGUGCAAUCCCGCAGCAUCCGUUUUUCCUGCGAGUAGUCGAGUCUCUCCAGUCAUACGAUAAGCAUUGGUUCUUGCCGUACAUUACGGUUAUGUACUCCACCGGCCCGUUGUUUUUGUCUGUCGUUUGGAAAGAGUACAUGAGGGAGGGCAAUUUCGACCGCGUUCGAAUAUUGAUGCCUGAUGAAUAUAACCGGUUCUCCUGGAGUUUCUUCACACACCAUACGGGCAACAGUUGGCACGGCGCUGAUGCCCAGCUGAUUUUCUGGGUAUGUUACACCACUAUUCACUAA